GUGAAGACGCGCUUCUCUCUCACUCCGCUUGUUCAUACUUAAUAUAUAUUUCAAAUCAAGUUCGGUUCUCAUAUAUCAGACAAUAAUAAUAUUGCUGGUUCUUAUCGUAGCACGCGGAAUUCUUUCAAUAAAAUAAAGAAAAAAAUAAAAUUGCUUGCAAAAAUUUUUGUUUACUUCGGAAACGUGAUAUUAUCAAGCAAAGUGGAUUAGACUGACUGAGUCAGCUUAUAGUGUCUGUAAUAAAAAUAAUAAUUAAAGGAUACAAAAGAAUUUAUCGUGUGGAUUAAAAGAAAUUUGAGGAAUCAAAUGAGAAAAAGUUUUUUUUUGAGUUAAUAUUUUCGAGUUAAUUAAGUUAAAUCCUCAUAUGGGUGUAUCGAGUAAAUCAGAAGUGUGUGGUAAUUUAUGCCAGUGUAAAGCAGAUUACAACAACAGCAACAACAGCUCAAAAGUCUCAAGUGAUAAUUUAUUUGCACCGAUUAAGAACAAAAUGAAAGUAUUGAAGAAGAUUAAGAAGCGAAUGGGAUUAGCAUCCCGAACAUCAAAUUCAUCGUGUGCUGGUCCAAAUAAUCUACCGCCCCUACAAUUUCACAGUGUUCAUGGAGACAAUAUUCGUAUAUCUCGAGAUGGUAAAGUCGCUCGUCGUUACGAGAGCUUUUGUAAAGGCGUUACAUUCAGUGCACGUCCUGUUAAAGUAAAUGAACGAGUAUGUGUGCGCUUUGUUGAGAUUUCAAAUAACUGGAGCGGUGUAAUUCGAUUUGGAUUUACAUGUAUGGAUCCAACAUCGUUGGAAGGAACAUUACCAAAAUAUGCAUGUCCUGAUCUCACAAAUAAACCCGGAUUUUGGGGAAAGGCAUUACAUGAACGUUUCUGUCAGCGUGAUAAUGUCUUGUUCUAUUAUGUUACAUCAUCGGGUGAAGUACAUUAUGGAGUUAAUGGUGAAGAGAAAGGACUGUUUAUCACAGAUGUAGAUACACGUGGACCAUUAUGGUCAAUGAUUGAUAUUUAUGGAAAUUCAACGGCCUGUGAAUUUAUAGACUCAAGAACAUAUAACUGCUCAAAUUCACAAACAAUUCGAAGACAAGUGACAGAACCAUUACCAGCUGUUCCAGCAGCAACACAAGACAUUUAUGAUAUUAAUGAUCGAAUCCAAAGUGUAUCGAUUGAUACUCAACGUCGACAGACAAUACACAAUAGUAAUAAUAUGAUAAAUCAAGGUGUCAUUGCUGGUUAUCAGGCACUUCAAUUUCAUCCACUUACUGGACGUAAUGUUGUACUCACACAAGAUAGAACGAUUGCAUCACGCGUAGAAAAUGAAUUUUGUCAGGGCUACGUGUUCACACAACGUCCAAUUAAAUAUGGCGAACAAUUUAUCAUUCAGAUACUUAAAAAUGAUUCGUUGUAUGGCGGAAGUCUUGCUGUCGGUUUAACAUCAUGCAAUCCAUCAAAUUUAUUACCAUCCGACUUGCCUGAUGAUAGCGAUGUGCUCCUUGAUCGUCCAGAAUAUUGGGUCGUUAGCAAAGAAAUUGGUCAAGUGAUUCCAAUUCAACGUGGUGAUGAGAUUAAAUUUAGUGUCACAAUGGCUGGUGAAGUGCAAAUAAGUCGAAAUGAUAAUGCACCAAUAACAUUAAUGUUUAUAGACCAAAGUUUACAAUUGUGGGGAUUCUUUGAUGUUUAUGGCUCAACUCAGGGUAUUCGUGUCUUGUCAAAGAUCCCACCAGCUUAUCAUCAACCACCACAAAUGAGUAUACAGAAGGCACUUACGUCACCUGUACCGCUCAAUCAUCGUAUUAUGCCAGCACAAGCUCAAGUACCUGUGGAAACGAUCAGUUCAACCUCAAUGUCAAGACUAUCAAAUGCUACAACAUAUAUUUCUAAUGAUUCUAGUGGUGAUAUUCAAGUUCAACAUGGAGGCACAGUUCUAGUCGUUAAUAUUCCACCCGUAAAUGUUAAAUCAACAACAAUUAGCAAUCGCUCACGGAGUGCAACAAGAUUAUGUGAGAGCACAUCAGCAAUCUAUGCAUCAGUUCCAUCCAAAAAGCAACAGAAUACAUCAUUUGUUGAAACUAGCAGUGCUAUCUAUGGCUCAGCAUCAAUCUACAGUGGAUCCAAUGGUGAUACACCAGGUGUUGACUGUACAAUCUGCUACGAAAAUCCAAUAGAUUCUGUACUGUACAUGUGUGGUCACAUGUGCAUGUGUUAUGAUUGCGCGAUAAAACAUUGGCGUGGUGGUAUCAACGGCGGUGUAUGUCCAUUAUGUCGAGCACCAAUUCGUGAUGUUAUUCGCACGUAUAAAUCGUAAAUAGUGGAAAACUAAGAGGCAACAAGUCAAAGAGUAUGGCAUCACCAUGUUUAUAAAUGGCGUUAAAUCGAUUUCUAGUCAGAAAAAGUUGAAAACAGCAGCAUUUGAUGUAUGACAUAACUGCCACACCAGCCAUUUAUUUGAAUCAACAUUGAAAGAAAAUAAAGGAACGAAAAAAAAGUUUUGAGAUGAAAAUAAAAACACGUUUUGACUCAAACAAUUGCCAAAAAUUACUUUUAAGAUCUCCAUCCAUCCCUCCUACCCUCAUUUUUAUUGCUUCAUAUAUCUUUUACUUUCUGUUCACAAGGCAAAGAUAUAUAAAAAUGGAAUGUAAGAAGAAUAAAGCUUUUCUUCAGUUGGAUUAGAUUUAUGUAUUUGGACAGACAUAUGAUUGUGAAUAUAAAUCUUCAUGUUAAUUGAAGCAGAAAGAAAGCUAAGACAAGAUAACAUUUGUUCUCCAAGAAAUGAUACAGCUGGGCUUGAAGAUUAAAUCUAUAGACUAAAUUGUUGAUCCAAAUAAUAAUUCAACAAAGAAUUAAAAUUAAAUCCAAGACCUAUGCGAACUUAACUUAAGUCAUUAUGAAAUUAUAACGAGAAAAAUUAGAAUUUUAAGUUCACAAUUUUAAAAGAUAAAUGAAAUUGUCAAACGAUAAACGAAAAAUCAAAGAUUUAGAAAGAGACUUUUUUUUUAAUUUUAUGGAAGACAAAAUAAUAAUUUUUUAUAUAAAAUAUUUUUCACAAUUUUUUUUUUGUAUUAAAGACUAGACAUUAAGUAGGGAAGACAUUUUGUAUUUAUAAGGCACUUAAAAUAUUUUUGUUACAAUCAACAAUGAUAAAAUGCAAAGUUUUGUUAUCUUAGUAUAGUCGAUACUUAUGAAAUUUGUAAAAAUAUGAGAAUAUUAAUGGAAG